AUGGAAAAAUCUCAUCUUCAUCAAUCUAUCGGUGGUGGCUCAGUGGCGGAUUUGAUUCUGUGGAAGAAUCGACGGGGAGGGUUUCUUCUGCUCGGAUCAGCGACGUUGACAUGGUUCCUCUUCGAGAAAUGUGGAUAUCGUUUCGUCCCCUUUGUUGUAAACACUCAGCUACUUCUCGUCGUUAUACUCUUCCUCUGGGCUAAAUCUGCUAUUCUUUUCAACAGGCCUAUGCCACAACUUCCUAAUUUUGAAAUCACUGAAGCUUCUGUUCUUAUGGUGGCUGAUGCUCUACGAGUCUUGAUUAAUAACUUACUCUCGCUUGCUCGUGAAAUAUACAUGCGCAGAAACGCCAAGCAACUCUUUCAGGUUAGUGUUGUGUUGUGGACAGUAUCAUUUGUUGGAAGCUUCUUGAACUUCCUCACAAUACUCUAUCUUGGUGUUGUUCUUUGUAUGCUGAUUCCCAUUCUGUACGAGAGAUACCAAGAUCACAUUGAUGAUAAGCUAUCUUUAACACAUCGGAUCAUUCAAACACAGUACAGGAAGAUCGACGAAAGAUUACUGCAGAAGAUUAUCGCUAAGCCUACGAUUAAGACAAAGAAGAUGCAAUAG